AUGGCACACGAUGUGAGCAAAACUGUUGCAUUUUUAGCAACUUACUGCCAAGAGCUCGUGCAGUUGCAGAAACCAACUUUGGAAUCGCUGCUGAAAAGUAAUCGCGCGAGCCAGGUGCCUACAUUGGCAGUAGAGCAGCGACAGCUAUUGGAGGAUUGGGAAUUUGUUCUUUGUGAUAUGUCGAGAUUGGACGCGGCCGAAUGCAUUCAGCAGCUCGGAGCCGCAACUUUAGAGGGUGUGUUACGCAGCAGAGAGGUGAAAAGCGAUCCCAUGGCCGUCUUCAUGUUGGUUCUCUUGGAACGUUAUUCUGAAAGCUUUACACUAGAGCACAAGGAAACCAUUGCAAUGUGGGAAGCCCAAUUCUGUCGGAUCAGUGCUGAAGCACAACAACGAGUUCGUCGGACUUGCGCGCAAGCAUUUGCGCGGGCGGAAAAAUUUUUCGCAAAGUUUGCAGCUGAAAUUGUGCAGCUGCAAAAGCAGACCUUGAGGGAUGUGGUGAUGAGCAACCAGGCCAACAGCUACGUAGAGCGGAAGCAAGCGAAUAACUUUUUUGUUCGUGACUUUCAUUUGCUGACAGUUGAAGAAAGAGAUUUGUUGGAAGAUUGGGAAUUUGUUCUUUGCAAGAUGUCCACUCUGGAGGCUGUGGCUUUUCUGUCCCGUCUCCAGAGAUGCUUCAAGCGUGUUGAGUCGCUUCUCACGGAGCAAGGGGAAGCUCUGAAAAAAAUAGGAGCCAGGAAUUUACAGCUUGCUCUGCGAAGUCGGCACAUGCUACAAUUUCCGAUGUCGACCUUCGCCCGAGUAUUUCUGGAAGGCUACAGUGACGAAGUGGCAGCAGAGCAAAUGGAAACUGUGGCCGCGUGGGAAGAAGAACUGAAGAACUGUGUAAAUCCAGGGCAGCCGGCCGCAAAGCAGCGAGCGCUGCUCGUGCGGCAGCAUUGA